AUGUCUGCCCCUACACCGUCUAAGCGGCUUCUCAUCGCCAACCGAGGAGAAAUCGCGAAUCGCAUCCUCAAAACGGCGCGGCUACUCAAUUACUGCAUCAUCUCGAUUUACAUGCCAAGCGACGCAUCCAGCCCCCAUGUAACGGAUUCCGACGUUGCCGUCCCGGUGUCUUCCUACAGCGACAUCAACGAAAUCGUGGCCAUCGUUCGGCAGCAAGCUGUCGAGUUUGUGAUUCCAGGAUAUGGCUUCCUCUCCGAGAAUGCACAGUUUGCCGCGGCCGUGGAAGACGCGGGCGCUGUUUUUGUCGGCCCUGCGCCUGAGCACAUCGUCAUGUUUGGCGUCAAGCAUACCGCGAGGGACGUGGCGGCGCAGGUGGGCGUUCCUAUAUGCCCCGGCUCCGGCAUCGUGCAGUCUGCCGAUGAAGCGGUAUUGGAAGCCUCCAGGAUCGGAUACCCUAUUAUGCUCAAAGCCACGGCGGGUGGCGGCGGAAUGGGUCUGAAAAUAUGCAAAGACGAAAGCGAAGUGCGCUCAUCCUUUGCCAGUGUCGUGAGCCGAGGCACCGCCUUGUUCUCCAACCCAGGCGUGUUUCUGGAACGCUACUUUCCCGUCUCUCGCCACAUUGAGAUCCAGGUCUUUGGCGACGGGCGCGGAGACUGCGUCGCCUUUGGCGAGCGAGAGUGCUCGAUCCAGAGGCGCCACCAAAAGGUCAUUGAGGAGUCGCCGAGCCCGUUUGUCGCGGCCCGGCCGGCGCUCCGGCAACGACUGGUGCAGGCCUCGAGACUGCUCGCCAGCAGCAUCCGCUACCGAUCGGCGGGGACGGUGGAAUAUCUCGUCGACGACGCGACGGGCGACUUCUUCUUCUUGGAGAUGAACACGCGUCUGCAGGUCGAGCACGGCAUCACCGAGCUGCGCUUCGGCAUCGACCUGGUCGCGCUGAUGCUCCAGCAGGCCGAGCAGCCGCUGGACCUCUGCGAUCUGAAAAUGCUGGAGCCGUCCGGGGCGGCCAUGGAGGCGAGAAUCUACGCCGAGAAUCCUGGCAAGAACUACUUCCCCAGCCCAGGCCAGCUGCAGCUGGUGGAAUUCAGCAGCGAUCCGGGAGUCCGCGUCGACACCUGGGUGCAGACCGGAACCAACAUCUCGCUCGCAUUCGACCCCUUGCUGGCCAAAGUCAUGGUGCAUGCGGAGACCCGAUCGUGUGCCGUUUCCAAAAUGCGGCAGGCCCUCGACAAGACGAAGCUGCGCGGCGUCGUGACCAACACGGACUAUGUGCGCCGCAUCUUCGAAACCGAGUGGUUUCUGCAGGGACAGACUACGACCACUGUUCUGGAUUCCUUUCAAUACACGCCCCGCGCCUUGGAAAUUGUCGCGCCUGGAUCGUAUACCACCGUGCAGGACUUCCCGGGCAGAGUCGGCGUCGGGUUCGGCAUCCCCGAGGGAGGCCCAGCGGAUGCCCUACAUGCGCGGCUCGCCAAUUGCGUCGCGGGCAACGAGCCGGGCUGCGAACUUUUCGAAAUUACCUUUACAGGUCCUACCAUCCUGUUCCAUGGCAAGGCGAUUAUCGCCUUGGCGGGCGGUGUCGUCGAGGCGCGUCUUGAUGGCCGCCCCGUGAGCAUGUACGCGCGGAUCGAGGUCCCGGCCGGCUCCGUCGUGACGAUUGGUCGCCUUUUGCAGGGGUGCCGCACCUAUCUUGCAAUACAGGGCGGCUUGCCUGGGAUUCCUACCUAUCUGGGCUCCAAGUCGACGAGUCCCAUCAUUGAGGUGGGAGGCCACCAGGGCCGCCCGCUCGUCGCGGGAGACCUGCUGGACAUUGGCGCGCCGGCCGAGUUUGUGCCGUUUACACUUCCCUCGGCGCUUGUGCCGGUCCUGGAUCUGAAGACCGUCUACUGCCUUUCCGGUCCACAUGACUCCCCCGAUAUUAUGACAAGUUCGGGCGCCGAGGCGAUUUACGCGUCAGAGUGGACUGUCUCGCAUCAGGCCUCCCGCACGGGGGUUCGCCUCGACGGCCCGCGGCCGCAGUGGGCGAGGCAGACGGGAGGGCAGGGCGGCUCGCAUCCGAGCAACUACCUGGACUAUCCGUAUUCCUUGGGGGCGCUCAAUUGGACGGGCGACUCGGCAGUGGUGUUUCCCGCGGAUGCCCCGUCUUUGGGCGGCUUCGUGACGUCGCAUGUCAUUCCGCGGGCUGAGCUGUGCAAGAUUGGUCAGCUGAAGCCUGGUGACCAGUUUCGAUUUGCGCAAAUUACGCUCCAGUCUGCCAUGGAUCUGUAUCAGGCACAGGAGACCUACAUACAGCAUGUGAAACGCCUUGCAGCUGGAAUUAAAACAUCGGAGGCCCUUUCGAGCCUGAAGCUUCAAGCAAAAAGUCUAGCGCUUAGCACUCCUUCGACGGCAAUUAUCGGCACGCACGGGGAUGUCACAAUUCGACAAGCAGGCGAUUCAUACGUGCUGGUGGAGUUCCUGCAAUCGCUGCAGCUGGAAGUCCGUUGCAAGGUACAGGCAGUAACGGAAGCCAUUGACAACUGUAUAAUUGACGGGAUACACUUAGUUACUCCGAUUGGGUGCAGUCUCCUGGUCCAGUACGAUGGAUUCAAGAUUUGCCAGGCUCAACUAGUUGACAGAAUACAGAGCAUACUCGGAGCACAUGGGGCAUCUCCUUUGCUGUCGAACAAACUAUCCAGCCGCCACAUAAGACUGCCCAUGGUCUUUGACGACAAAGUCAACAGAGCUUCCGUCGAGCGGUACAUGAAGACGCAGCGGCCGACUGCCUCGUAUCUUCCCGACCCUGUCGAGUUUAUCGCUCGCUCAAACGGCCUCGAGUCCAAGCACCAGGUCCUGGAAAAGGUGCUCAGUACCAGAAUUCUCGUCGUGGGGGUGGGAUUUUGGAGCGGCACGCCGAUUGGGUUUCCAGUUGACCCGCGCUGUCGGCUGAUGGUUCCCAAGUUCAAUCCGUCAAGGACCUUUUCGCCCGCAGGGGGGCUCGGCAUCGGCGGCUGCUUCUUUUGCUGCGACCCGACUGAUGCACCCGGAGGAUACGUCAACUUUGGCCGCACACUGCCCGGCUGGGAUAAAUUCUGCGUCAACAAGAGCUUUGGCAAGAGACCGUGGCUAUUUGAGAAUUUCGACCAGCUCAGCUUCUACGUCGUGGAUGAGGACGAGUUUGAACGCAUCUACAGCCGCUUCCAGGCCGGCAAGUACCAGUUUGACAUUACGCCGACCGAAUUUGACGUGGUUGAAUACACCAAGUUCUGCGAAAGCGUGGCCGAUGAGACGACCGCGUUCCAAGCCCGGCAGAAACAGGCUACCGAAAUUGAGACUGAGAAGUGCGGGCGCCUUGCACGAUACCAGUGGCUAAAAGAGCAAACGGUGGAGCGAGACGCCGUCCCAGCUUUGGAGGAAAUUGACGAUGCCCUGAAGAUUGACGCCGAGAUGCACGCUAGCAUAUACAAAAUCAAGAUACAAAAGGGUGACACGCUCAACAACGGCGACAUUAUGCUCAUCCUCGAGGCGAUGAAGAUGGAAAUCAAUAUAGCAGUGUCGGCAGCGCAAGCGGGCCUUGUGGUGGACAGUGUCGUGGUUGCGCCGGGCGAUGUCGUCAAGCCGGGGGAUGUGCUUGUCGUGCUGGCACGGCCAGGAGAGGCAAAGACUGGAUAG